CGGAGACCGGAGUGUAGCGGGAUUGGCUGUGGAGGUUCGCGACGGCGGCGUCUAUUGGCUGGGGCAGCCCCCGUGACGCCGGGUGGCGACUGGCUCCCGGGUCUGAGGGGCUCCUGCUUGUCAGGUUCUAGCCCAGUUCUUUUGGCUAGACCUAUGGUCACUGCCGUGAGACUUCACUGCACACUUUCUCAAGUGUCUUCUUCAUCUUUAAUGUGUAAUUCCUCACCAUGGACCUGCUCCUUUAGCUAAGACAUGGCCAUCAAUGGUAGUAGUAAGAUAUGUGCUGACUAGCAGGCCCACUUGUGCGGUAUAGAGGACAAGCAGUACCUUACAAAAUGGGAUUUGGGAGUGACCUGAGGAACUCACAGGAAGCUGUGUUAAAGUUGCAAGACUGGGAAUUACGGUUGCUGGAAACAGUGAAGAAAUUUAUGGCUCUGAGAAUAAAAAGCGAUAAGGAAUAUGCGUAUACUUUACAGAAUCUUUGUAAUCAAGUUGAUAAAGAAAGUACCGUGCAGGUGAAUUAUGUCAGUAAUGUGUCCAAGUCUUGGCUACUGAUGAUUCAGCAGACGGAGCAGCUAAGUAGGAUAAUGAAGACCCACGCUGAGGACCUGAACUCUGGGCCCUUGCACCGGCUCACCAUGAUGAUCAAGGACAAGCAGCAGGUGAAGAAGAGCUACGUAGGCAUUCACCAGCAGAUAGAGGCAGAGAUGAUCAAGGUCACAAAGACAGAAUUGGAGAAAUUAAAAUCCAGCUAUCGACAAUUAAUAAAAGAAAUGAAUUCUGCCAAAGAGAAAUAUAAAGAAGCUUUAGCCAAAGGGAAGGAGACAGAAAAGGCCAAGGAGCGCUAUGACAAAGCCACGAUGAAGCUCCACAUGCUGCACAAUCAGUAUGUGCUGGCCCUGAAGGGCGCCCAGCUCCAUCAGAGUCAGUACUAUGACACCACACUUCCUCUGCUGCUGGACUCUGUGCAGAAGAUGCAAGAAGAAAUGAUAAAGGCACUAAAAGGUAUAUUUGAUGAAUAUAGCCAGAUAACCAGUCUUGUUACAGAGGAAAUAGUGAAUGUUCAUAAAGAGAUUCAGAUGUCCGUCGAACAGAUAGACCCUAGCACAGAAUAUAAUAAUUUUAUAGAUGUCCACAGAACAACAGCUGCUAAAGAACAAGAAAUCGAAUUUGAUACUUCCUUAUUAGAAGAAAAUGAAAACCUCCAGGCAAAUGAGAUCAUGUGGAAUAAUUUAACUGCAGACAGUUUGCAAGUGAUGUUGAAGACUUUAGCAGAAGAGCUCACGCAGACACAGCAGAUGCUUUUACACAAGGAGGAGGCUGUCCUGGAGCUGGAGAAGAGGAUUGAAGAAUCUUCUGAGACCUGUGAAAAGAAGUCUGACAUUGUGCUUCUUCUGGGGCAAAAACAGGCACUUGAAGAGUUGAAACAGUCAGUCCAGCAGUUGAGAUGCACUGAGGCAAAGUGUGCAGCACAGAAAGAAUUAUUGGAGCAAAAAGUACAAGAAAAUGAUGGGAAAGAACCGCCUCCUGUGGUGAAUUACGAAGAAGAUGCGCGAUCGGUCACAUCAAUGGAACGAAAGGAGAGACUAUCCAAAUUUGAAUCUAUUCGUCAUUCAAUUGCUGGAAUAAUUAGGUCUCCAAAAUCGGUACUGGGCUCAUCAGCACUCUCUGACAUGAUCUCUCUGAGUGAGAAGCCCCUGGCGGAACAUGACUGGUACCAUGGUGCCAUCCCGAGGAUAGAGGCCCAGGAGCUUCUGAAGCAGCAAGGAGACUUCCUGGUACGCGAGAGCCAUGGGAAGCCUGGUGAAUAUGUCCUUUCCGUGUACUCAGAUGGCCAGAGGAGGCACUUCAUCAUCCAGUUUGUCGAUAAUCUGUAUCGAUUUGAGGGCACUGGGUUUUCAAAUAUCCCUCAGCUUAUAGAUCACCACUUCUCAACAAAACAAGUCAUCACCAAGAAGUCUGGGGUGGUUCUUCUCAAUCCUAUUCCUAAGGAUAAGAAAUGGAUUCUCAAUCAUGAAGAUGUUUCAUUGGGAGCACUACUGGGCAAGGGGAAUUUUGGUGAAGUAUAUAAGGGCACACUGAAGGAUAAAACCGCUGUCGCUGUUAAAACAUGCAAAGAAGAUCUUCCUCAGGAACUAAAAAUAAAGUUUCUACAGGAAGCCAAAAUUCUCAAGCAAUAUGAUCACCCCAAUAUUGUCAAACUUAUAGGCGUGUGCACACAAAGACAGCCUGUCUACAUCAUUAUGGAACUGGUCCCAGGAGGUGAUUUCCUGUCCUUUCUGAGGAAGAGGAAGGAUGAACUGAAGCUCAAGCAGCUCGUGAGGUUUUCCUUGGAUGUCGCUGCUGGCAUGUUGUAUCUGGAGAGCAAAAACUGUAUACACAGGGACCUGGCUGCAAGAAACUGCCUAGUAGGGGAAAAUAAUAUUCUGAAAAUCAGUGAUUUUGGAAUGUCUCGGCAAGAAGACGGUGGAGUAUAUUCAUCUUCCGGCUUGAAGCAGAUUCCGAUUAAAUGGACAGCACCCGAGGCUCUUAAUUAUGGGAGAUACAGCUCUGAAAGUGACGUGUGGAGCUUUGGCGUCCUCCUGUGGGAGACCUUCAGCCUAGGAGUCUGUCCGUACCCUGGAAUGACGAACCAGCAGGCCCGGGAACAGGUGGAAAGAGGAUACCGGAUGUCGGCCCCACAGAACUGUCCAGAUGAGAUUUUUAAAAUCAUGAUGAAGUGUUGGGAUUAUAAGCCUGAGAACCGCCCUAAAUUCAGCGACCUUCACAAAGAGCUCACUGCCAUCAAGAAGAAAAUCACAUAGUGCCAGCAAGGGCCAGACUCCACCUAUGGGACUCUGUCCUCAGCCACCCUGACUUUAUACCACCUUACUGCAGCCAUCUUUGAAGGUUAUGGUUUUUAUUAACUGGGUUUUUAAAAGUCUGUUCCACUUUAAAUAUGUUAAAGGCAAAUUUAUUCAAGAAAUAAACAGUCCUACCCAGGGCCGUCUUAGCUAACACAAAACCCUACCGUUUGAGGCCACUGUGCAAAGAAAAGCGCAGGCCUAACUGAGAAGAUAACAGGCCUUUGUUUUCCUGCCCAGGACCAUUGGUGUCCCUCCAAAGUCUUCUUGAGGCACAGCCCGUGGGCUUCUGCCGCAGGCCCUCCUCAGUCGGUGCUAUAAACAGCGUUGGUAGCGCACGCUCGCAUGAUGCCUUCCCACCACAGUGGGCUUUCUCCUCUGCCAAGGCGAGAUUGUAUCUAUAAAUAUAAUCAUAUAUUGGGAAUUACUUGGACCUCCUAGGGUUUUUCUUUUCUUUCCUGUCAGAACAAGCCCAGUGAGAGCAUCACACCCCUGUGUUAUUUUGUCUUUUCCCUCCUCAGUCCAGGCUGCAGAAAGUAGUGCGUGGAAAAUUCCCAGAGAGCACGCAGGAUGGAGGCAGCUGCUUCUGCAGGAGACUGCAGAGGACAGGGAUGGCAAGAGACAUGUGUGACCAGGAUGGCAGGCUGGGAAAAUAGCAACUAGCCAGUGCCCAACAGGGAGAAGACAAAACAGCCGGCCUUCCUUCCAGAUUUGCACCUUUAUAAUACACUGUGUCUGUGGUCUGAAUUUCCCAACAAGGGCUAAGAAAUGUUUCAGGAGCUCCUAGAGCCUAGUGGAAGCUUUCUUAGAGAUACUGAAGUCACAGAAGGGGCAGCUUGAUAAUAACCAUGUGUCUUCGUCCUAGGGGACAGUCCCAGAAUGGAGGUCCCUUUCUUUGUACCAGUUUCUGAACCUUCAGAACCCAUGGUUCAUAUGCAUAGACACAUCCACAUACACCCACUGAAGAGUACUGUGGCUAGGAAUGAAAUAGAUGGGUCAGAAAUCAAGGACUUUUGAUGAAGAAAAGCCCUAGGGAUGCCCACACUUCUGUCUCCUCUUUGCCCUAAAGGCAGUGCCCGGAAACCUAAUAGCUCACAGGUAUGCAAGCAGGCUCAUCAUUAAAGGUGUCUCUGACCUAUCAAGUGUACAGCAGUUAAAACUAGGAUUUGGUUGAACUGAAUCUCAGCUGUGUCCAGGGAACGGCCCCAUGAUCUGUCCACAGUUGUCUCAGGAUCAGUGUGUCUGGGAGGUGCUCUCACUCAGGGGAAGAUGUGGCGCAGAAGUCUUCACUAAGCCCUCAGGCCUCUGUUCAAACAGACAUCACCUUAGGGGUUCCUUGGCCUGUGUUGAAGAGCAAGUCCCUCCCUUCCCUUCCGGACAGCUUAGAGCAUAGAGCAGACUCUAACUUCCAGAGGAGGCCACUGCAGAGGAGUGUGACUGUACCCAUCAUUCCAGCCUCCUCGCUCACUUUCUACACAUUUAAAGUUCGUAUAUGCAGACUAGAGUAGAGGCCGUGUGCGCCUGCCCACAGCAGUACGCUGCCCCACACAGAGCAGCCCUGGCACAGCACGGCGCCCCGCAGGUCAGACACUGCUAAAGCAGAGCUCGCUUUUAAUGGCACCCACCAUGGAAACCCAAGCGCAGACUCCAGAAUUCAGAGUCGGCGCUGUGCUCUCCAGGCAUCUGCCGGCCCUCAGAAGGAGAUAAGAGGUUCCCUUUCAGGAUUUCCAAGUCAAUCCGCCUAUAAUACAAUUCUUGUCUAUGAAAAAGAAAGGAGCACAUCUCAGCACUGCUCUCCCAGCCAGGGAAAGGAGACUGGCUUGGCUCUAACUCUGUGAACAAGACCCGAAGCUUAAUCCUUGCAUUCUGCUGGAAAGAGAACAUGGCGUUGAUAAUUUCACUCAUCUAGGCUGUUGGGAUUUGCAAUUCACAUCAUAACUCUUUGCUUAAAUUAAAAAAGCUUUUCAAAACAUCUUGACAUCUGCAGCAUUUAAAUUCUAUUUUCUUCUUUGUCCCAGAACAGGCAGAGGUACAGUUUAAGAUUAACUCAUUGGGAGCCUUUCAGGAUCAUGUCAGUUGUAUAGAAUAUUAAAUUUAACAUAGGCGCAUGCAUUGAGAAAAGCUUAUGCAAAACAUUCUUACUGUUAAUUUUGUUAUGCUCGAAGCAUAAUUUAUUCAUCCCUUCUGUCACUGAUAAUUAUUGGAAUUAUGUACUUUAGGAGGCUAAUCCAUACCCAAAAAGUGCACAUAUAAAUACAGUUCUGAUUUGCAAGUUGAUUUAGGGAAAAGAGGCUAUAGACAUGCACAGAAUUCUAGGAUUUGUCUCGUUAAAUAAUAAUAGUAAACAGUGCUGCCCAAAAUUACCCACUAGUGCUGAUACGCUUGAGCCUGGCCGCAAGCCUUUAUUUUACUAAUGGAUUAUCCAAGAGUUGCUGGUAGCCCUGCUCAUAGCUACCCUCAGCACUCCUUCAGUGUGGCCAUCUGGGCGUGAAGGAGAAGGCCAUAAACCCGAGCAGGCUGACUUUCUGCCUGCCUUUUCCUACCUUGAAUCACAAGAAGCCUUCAUAAGAAAUGAGUAGUUCACUGUUUUUAAAGAAGGGAACUUUUCUGCCAAAUCGGCAUCCUUGUGUGUCCUGUGUGGCCUAAGCUCUCUUCUCAAAGCCAUUUUUUUGGGAAAACCAUAAGUGAUGUGAUGCUUUCUUCCAGCCCCUCCCGCUUCAAGGUCCACAGGGACGUGCGCCCUGUGAUUUCUUCCUCCUUUUUCCUAGACAACAGGGACAGUAGAGUUCGUUCCCAUCACAGCUGGCACCUCACAGACAUCAGUAUAGCCUGGAGUCAGCAGUGGGCAUCUCACAGGCGGUCCCACAGAACGGUUGUUUGGGAAACAGAAUUUUUAUGACUGAGAUUGUAUUAGUUUCCUUCUGAGCCCCAUUUCUGUUCACUAGCCCCCCUGACCAACUCUACAGUGCUGGGACCAAGACUGUUGUUAAGCAAGCAUUUUAGUUGCAAUAUGUGCUGCACCCUGGGACUCAGGGAGCGAGCAAACCAGCUGCAGGCACAGAUCUGUGGGGUGUGUCGUGGUCAGAGGAGUAUGAGGCAUAGCCCUUCAUGGUCCCCUAAUCCCGUGUGUCCUUGACGCAAGAGUGACAUCUGAAAGGGGCUGUCUGCCUGAGCCCUCUUCCUCCCAGCCCCCUCCUGUCACGCCGUCGACAUCCUCCCUGUCUCUUGACAGCAGAUGCGAUUGUCACAGAAGAUCCAAGCCCUCAUACAAACUAGCACAGAACUGAGAGAGCUGCGGAGACGCUUUAUGUGCCAUUAUCAUCAGUAGAUGAUAUCAAAGCUUUCAUUUGACAUGAAAUCCAUCUUAAAGCGGCAUGAGAGUUUACUAUUAAAAUUAUUACCUCUUAUUAACGGAUUUACUCUAAAUAUCACUAUUUUAAAUUGGAUUUUUUUUUUACUUUAUAUUUUUCUGGACUUACUAGUUUCAUGUCAAGUGUGACUGUGUACUAUGUAUCACUCAUUUCUGUAUAAGAAACUGAUUGAAAAGCCAGCAAGCUCACCCUGCAAUGAGUUACUGAUACAGACUUAAGCUCCUGUAAAAUGUCCCUUUGAAAGUCACAUUCUAAUACAGAUGGUCAGUCAACUAUAUAUCACUGCCCUAAGUCAGUUUGAGAAAUGUACUGUCACCUCCACAAGCCACCCCACUGCCCUCUACUGAGUCAAAGAUUAAAUUCAGGACUGGCAUUAGAACCACUCUGUCCUGACAGGCAUGAAGAUUCUGGGACAUCAGGGGGGGCGGGGGGAACCUGUGCCCAAGAGCAAUGAGCAGGGCGCAGCAGGUCUGUAAGUGAGCUGCCUAGGCAUGCAGGGAGGCAAAACAGGAAAGAACCAGUUCCCUGGAGCAGCGGGAGAAAGUGGACAGGACCGACAAUGCCCCUUGAAGCCUGAGGAAACCGCCAGGUGUCAAACUGUUCCCACAAACCUAGAACAGAUCAACGGCCCCAAAGCUGCAAAAGAGCCAGGGCCACUCCCUGCAGCAGGAACUGCUUGGCACGCCGCCCAGAACUGACACUGGGCCACGUGACGUUCCACGUGCUGCCCUGUGCUGGGUCCUGAGGGGGAGGAGCCAAAGCCUCUACAUUUGCACUAGUUAUCAAUGCUCAAACAUCCGUGGCGAAGGCCACGGGUUCUUCAUGUCUCAUUAGAUAGCUUUUUUAUGCAGUAGAAGCUAAGUCCUAAAUGAGAACAUGCUUAAGUCAUCUUGUGACACCUUUGACCAGUAGUAAGUAACUCCCUGGUUCCUGGAGUUCCCUGCUGAGGGGCCCUGCUGUGCUGCACUGUCUGUAGGGAAACAAAGCAGUGGGGGAAGCUGGAAAAGUAGCCAUGUUUGUUGACUUUACACUAGUAACAAUUAAGAGAAGGAGAAAAAUAGAAACAUUCUGAGGCCAAGCACAGUGCAGUGGGGUAAGGAAGUGGGCAUCCAGCAAAGGCAUCUGGGAAGACAGGGCAGUGAAAACAUCAGAGACCCACGGAAAUGCCCAAAGACCAGGCAACAGGGAAUCCGCCUCCUAAUGGACAGUCCCAAACAUAACACCCCUUCAGCCUCUAGAACAGUUUCUCCAAGGGCUUCAGUAGACUCUCUGGUCUGUCUUGUGCCCCAGCCCCACUCCCAGGUCUCAGCUUUCCCUGCAAAGCUACAGAGGUUGGCAUUGAGUGCAUUUCCUAAGCAUGGGGAAACUGAGUUACAGCACACACAGCUCAGUGUGGGGUCUACAGGAAACUGUCAGAUGUCUCUGGGUUUCACUUUAGUAAUAGAAAACUGUAACACGGCAGGUUUAGCUUCCUUACUUGUAAGAAUCCUCAUGCAGAAAUAUCUACCGAGAUCUCUCUUUGAACUUCAGGAUUAUGUGCCCAAACAUCUGUUAAGCCAGUAAGAUGCAGGUGUUCCACAGAGGCCUGGAGUGCUGGGUGACAGCAAAAGACCUGCCACGGAAUGUUUCCCCUCCCUUCUGCCAUGCCAGGCCCAGGAAGGCUAAGAGCUGCCGCUUUCCAUACUCGGUUUUGACUGCUGGCUACUAUCCUUUCUCAUCUUCGGCUUUGCAAUGUUUCUCUUUACCAGAACAGAAAAGCCUUAAUUGUUGGCUUAUAAACCCAAGAGUUCUUCUCAGGGCUUCUCUGCCUAACAGGAAGUGCAGGCCUCUUUUGAGAAGCCCAAGCACACAGUGAGCCUAUGAGAGGAGGCGACCUGUGGAGAUGGCCUCGUUAGGCGGCAGGUAUGCUGUAUGAGCGGCCUUGCCGGCAAAGGCUUGGGGACUUUUUCUAAGGACAUGAAGACCACUGUGGGCAUGUCCAGGUUCCUUAUUGUCUUGAGCUAGCAAGCUGACCUCCUGCCCCCAAAGAAAUAGUGGGACAGAAUACUCCACAGUAACGCCCUGGACAUCCACACGCUACUCCAGGCUAAUUCACUUGGUGUCCUCUCCAUCCUUCUUAAGAGCAAUAGCUAAGUUAGUCAAGUUACAUCAUGUUAAGUGGUCUUCCAAAGCUUCAACUAAGAGGGCACGAUGAGGGUUCAGAGUAAGCCAGUGUGCCUUACUAGAUACCCCAGAACACUGUACGAAGACAUCAGUUCUCCUCGUAGCUUCCCAGAGUACCUCCCUUCCUGGAAAACCAGACAUUGCCACUUUCCCUGUCUGUUAGGAAUUUCUGUAGCAUCAGAUAAGUAGGCUGUAAAUGCCACCCAGCAGAUGCUAGACUGGCCCCGUAAGAAGCCAGGUGUCUGCCUGUAUCCACCAGAGCAAACAACAGAACCCCAUAAGAGACACGCCUCAGGCACCUGUGAGCGUAGCAAGAACCCAAGAAUGAAAAGAGAAGUUGCCUGGAUGUCUAAGUUCCCGUUCCCGUUUUCCUUGUGGAUCACUUGUCAAAUCACCCUGAGGUGUUUGAGUUUCCUGACAAUCACUGCAGGGCAAACAGUGAGCCCCUGUGUUCAAACCCUUAAGGGCUAAGAGGACUCAGACAGCUGUUAUUGAUACUCUGUGUUAGCUCACCAUUCCCUGCCUCUUCUUUUCUAAGGGUUUUCCUCUUAGAAAGAAUUUGGUGGGGAAAACUUGCUUGCCAGCUCCUCAGAUAAUGCUGGACUUGUUAGCGUGUACAAGCACAGUAGCAGGCUUGACCCUCACCCAGAGCACAGAGGGCUGUGGUAAAUCAGCCACAGGGUGCUGCGGGGCAUGUCCCAUGCUAGAAAUCAGAAGAGCAACACGAAGCACAGCAAAGUUCCACUGUGAGAGAAUUUCCCAUCACUCCUCAGACCCUGGGCCUUGCACAGACACAGUACCCAGGAUAUGGACACAUCCCAAAGGAACUCGCUUUUUAUUUACUGCCAGUGGGAUAGUCUUCUCCAGCUUCAACAGGCUACUACUAUAGGUAGGCUUCACAACCAAGUGACUCUGAGCAUCAAAUCAAACAUAAAAGAAGCUCAUUUAGUUCAAAUUCAGGGUCAGAGUGGCCAGAGACACAAAAUACCCUUUGUCUGCUGGAAUUUCACUUAAUUAACAUAGUGUCUGUUGCCCAGCUUUUUCACGUGAUACAAGGUGUCCUUGUGGGCACAGUUCUUGUGGGACAGCUCCAUCCUCCUUCAUAGACCACCAAGACUGACUGCCAAAUCAGCUUCUUGCUUCAAACACCUCUAGACGUUUAACUGCCCAUAGGUUUUAGGUUUGUGUUUCAGUGUGUAAAGGACUGAGCAACUGGGGACAGCGGGAAUGAAUGCUGGUGCACACUCUGUUGACUUUGAGCCAUAGUUUGUGCCUGGGUAUUUUAGUCUGGUCCGAGUGCUUUGGUAAGUGCUCUAGAAUGCCAGAACUCUCCAAAAGCAUAACUAUACAACCACAUCAAGUUUAAAGAGAAUACAAGAGAAUAGAAGUUAGCAUCAGAGACACACAAAUACUCUGACUUCUUCAGGAAUCCAAGCAAACUGAGCACAAAAAAAAAAAACCCAUCACACUCAAUGGGUGCCCGAGGCCAUGCAACUACUGUGGGCUUUCAUCCUCCUCCCCCAUUUUCCCAGCACAGGAGACAGAGAGCAGGAGCAGAAAUACAGUUUCCUGAGUUGCUUUCUCUGCUUGUUACUUGGAGAUGAACUCAGUGUUGAGAGAGCAGGGCUGCCCUCAGCUACCUGCUGUCUAAGUGUCCUGUCUGCAAGCGUCAUUGUGAACCAAGCACCCCUGCCUUGUGGUCAGUUCGCAGUUUUCUUGGGCACCAGUGUAUGGCCAUUUUAAUACCAGGUUAAAGCACCUUUAAUCUCUUUUUUGUUUAAAAAUAAUAUAUUUGUGAAGUGGAUAAAAGAAACACUGGAAAUAGGGUGCUUCUGAAAAUAUCAAGUAUAAAACAUGUUCAGGGUCCACAGUGGCUUUUCUGGCUUUGUAAACAAUUCUGAAAGUGGACGACAGUUACGCAUGUAGCAGUUGGUUGUCUACCUUUGGUCGUUUGUAUCUCUCAUCUGUCUUUAACAUGUAUUUAUUUGUUAUAUUUUGCAUUCAGAAGAAAUACACUUUGAAUUUUGGCUAACAUUACAGAAUGUUCUGAAAAUUGCCUUCUACAUUUUUUUAAAACAGACUCGCCAUUUUUGUAAAGUUGGGCCAUUUUGGGGGGACAGCCUUCUUUUCUCCUGCCAGAGAUCAGUUCCCAUCCAUUGGUCUGCAGGGCCUGUUCACUGUGUUCUUGUAAUAAUGUAAAAUAUUUACAGCAAA